CUGCCUUUACUCCCAUCACUAAUGCACAACAGUUUGCUUCAUAGAAUUCGACGUUUUCGUUAAUGAGUUAAAAUUAUUAGAAAAAAAGAGCGAAAGCCUAAUAAGCUAUGGCAGACCGGCUUACUCAACUGCAGGACACUGUCAAUCAACAAGCUGAGCACUUUUGCAAUGCCAUCGGUGUAAUUCAGCAAACCUCAUAUCCCAGCAAGUUUGCAAAUUUCGACAGAACUGGCUCACAGACACCCGUACAGAACCCGCCUCAGGAAGACUAUGCUCAACUUUUCGCCCAGCUCAUAGCUCGAUGUGCUAAGGACAUUGAUACGCUUAUUGAAUCAUUGCCCAAUGAAGACAGUUCAAUUGAAUUACAAAAUUCGAGUCUUAAGCGACUGGAGAUUGAAAAUCAGGAAACUGCUGAGCAGCUCGAACAAGUUGUUCAGAAAGGAGAAUUAUUGCUGGAAAAGAUACAAUCGGCUCUAGGGGACAUUGCCCAAUCACAAUUAGAUAUGCAAAUAACAUUAAAGCCCAAUUUAAAAUGAAUUUUUAACCCCUUGUGAAUAGUGGUUUAAGUAAUUUAUAUAUGUAUAUAGACUAAAUAAAUUGUGUGAAUAAAAUUGCUAAAAAUCUGAUAUGAUGUCGAAGAUAUUGAUUUAUUUGAAAAUGGUUGAAGCGCGGUUAAGACCAAAUAAUCUGUAAUCUCUGUUCUGAAAUUAUCCAUGUUCGUUGAACACGACUUUUAGUGCUUAAAUGACAUACAAAUCACAUAAACUCUUGUAUUCUUUAUAUUUAUUUAUUACCCCUAGAUGUUUGCAGAGUUACAUACAUAUAUGGCAUGCAUACAGGAAUCCGUUCUACCUAUUUUCCCAACAGAUUUUGUAAAAUAUUUAAUCAAUUCCAUCGCUCAAAACAUCCUUUGAUUUUCAACAUAUUUCAAAACUCACUUUGAUACAAUAAAUCGAUUUUGAAGUAUAUCAUUUUCAUAGCAAUAUUUAAUGAGUAAAUUAAAUACGUUGCACAUCCUUUUUUAGCAUUUUACUUUAUACAUAUUAUUCACAUUCUAAUAUUAUACACUUCAAUGUAGACUUAUAUAUAUUUACAUACC